UCACGAUCAAUGCAACAGCGUAAACGAAAACUCGCCGAUUAAUUCGUGACUGGAACAUUGUGAAAAAAUUUUGCCAGCAAGCAGACGAUGUCACCGACUGAUUGUUGCUUCACCGCUAUUUUAUCGAGGCAUAUUAAUCGCGUGAAUUAAUUGAUAUGUCAUUCGAACACAGCCACGCUGCAAUCUUCACUACUUACGACACCGAUGCCAUCUGCCGAGAGUUUCUUAUCCAGCCGAAUGUCAUUUCCAGCUUUCUGGAUCGUCGAGAAUUAUCGGCGAUUCGUCCCGAUUCGCUCAAACCAGUCGAUCGACGAUCAGGAACAUCACGAAUAAUCCGACAUAAAUGCGGCGUAAUCUUCGUGAUUUCAUGUUGUUCUCGAUAAUAGCGAGUCGCAAGUGUAAAUCCGCGAGUGCAUCCUCGGGAUCGUCGACGCUACGCGCUUCCUUCUAGUUCCUCGCAAUAAUUUAUGUCCGCGUCGACAGUAAACAUGGCGGCGAUGGACGGCGAGACGAAACUUGACGCAAGUAUCAUCCUGUUGCAAAUAUGUACGAUGAUGUUACGUACACUGUGGAUCCGCAGCACAUUGAGGGUGAGAUGACAAUAGGUACAAAGCAAAAAUCAACAACUUUAGGAGAGCCAGAAUUUAAUACAUUAGAUGAACCUAUCAGAGACACAAUUUUGAGGGAUGUUCGAGCAGUAGGCAAGAAGUUUUUCCAUGUUUUAUAUCCUAAAGAGAAAAAAAGUCUACUUAAGGAAUGGGAUCUGUGGGGACCAUUAAUAUUAUGUACAUUUAUGGCAAUGAUAUUACAAGGUUCAACUGAUGCAGCAGAUAAUUCAAAUGAUGGAGGACCUGAGUUUGCAGAAGUAUUUGUUAUUGUAUGGAUUGGAUCUAUGGUCGUUACAUUGAAUUCAAAACUAUUGGGUGGAAAUAUAUCUUUCUUCCAAAGUGUUUGUGUCUUAGGAUAUUGUCUAUUACCAACUGCCAUUGCAUUAAUUUUAUGCAGAAUUAUACUAAUAGUGCAGCAAACUACUCUCUUAUUUAUCCUAAGAUUCAUAAUCACUAUGAUUGGAUUUUUGUGGGCAACAUAUGCAUCUAUGGCAUUCCUUGGCGAUAGUCAACCUACAGGGAGGAAAGCAUUGGCGGUAUAUCCAAUUUUUCUUUUUUACUUUGUCAUAUCGUGGUUAGUUAUAUCCCAUACUACAUAAAAUGCAAUGCCAUAAUCAAUUUGUCACAAGACUGUUACAUUGCUUUGGCCUUCUGUAUGAGUUCUGAAAGAUGAAAAAAGAAGGGACAGAAGGAAAUGCAAGUAUUUCAUAUAUGAUAUUUUUCGUAUUUGGACAUAUUCCAGUAUCAUGCUUUUGUGAAUAAUACACAUAUAGAUAUAUAUAUAGUAGUCAAGUAUUUAUUAUCUCUUUAGAUUAUCAUUCAAUAUGUCAAUUAUAAGAUUUCUAACUAUAUCCUAAUUCUAUUAAUUGCACGUUAGCAAUUAAGCUAAAUUUAUUGUACAAAAAUAUACUCUUUCUCACUGAAAAAGAUGAAAAAAGGAUUGAAAUUGUCAGAAUAGAUAUAUUAUACAUUCAAUUGAAACAUAGACUAAGAUUUACAAAAAAUUGUUCUGUAAAAGUCAUAGUCUAUGUUUCAAUUGAAUGUACCUGGAAUAUAGAUUAAUAAAAAAAAAACAUGCGAUGUAGUAUGAAUAAUGAUGGCUUAUAUCAUUGACUUUGAACUGCAUUUGAAUACUUCCUAUACUUCCAUAAAUUUUAGUGAUCAUUUUUUUACUCUUUAUCGAAUCACAAUUUUUUAAUUAUAACAAAC